CUGCCUCUUUGAAGAUCCCCCAAAAGCUCCUACAAAUAGAACGCUUUCUAUGAAUUGAAACCCACAGCUGGGGAACUAGAAACGAGCCAGCGCCAUGGAGUCUCCCGCCAAGGAUUCCGUCAGAGCGGGUUACCGCAGACUGGAGGUCCAGAAAACGACGUGGGACGUCCCGGAGCGGUACGCGGCUCUGCGGCCGAUCGGCUCCGGAGCUUACGGGACAGUUUGUUCUGCCAUGGACCAGCAGACCAAAGAAAUGGUGGCCAUCAAGAAGCUGUAUCGUCCAUUCCAGUCCCUCAUCCACGCCAAACGGGCCUAUAGGGAACUCAGGCUGCUGCGCAACACACAGCAUGAAAACGUGAUCUGUCUCCUUGACGUCUUCACACCGGACCCCACUCUGGAGAAAUUCCAAACUUUUUACAUGGUAAUGCCACUAGUAGCCCAGGAUCUGGGCCACAUUAUGAAGAAGCGGAGAUUAACUGAUCGCAUCAUCACAUACCUGUUCUACCAGUUGCUGAGAGGACUCAAGUAUAUUCAUUCUGCAGGGAUCAUUCAUCGGGAUCUGAAGCCUGGUAACCUUGCUGUGGACGAGAACUGUGAGUUAAAGAUCCUGGAUUUUGGCCUGGCUCGACACACAGAGAGUGAAAUGACCGGUUAUGUUGUGACGCGCUGGUACAGGUCACCAGAGGUCAUCUUCAACUGGAUGCACUACAGCCAAGCAGUGGACGUGUGGUCAGCCGCCUGCAUCCUGGCUGAGAUGAUUACAGGCCAUGUGCUUUUCCCAGGACACGACAGUAUUGACCAGCUGACUAAGAUCCUCCAUCUAACAGGGACGCCAGACUCCUCCCUGGUCCAGAAGAUGCAGAGUAAGGACGCGCAGUCGUACGUGCUUGGUCUUGCUCCGCAGAAGAAGAAGAUCUUCAAGGAAGUGUUUCCGUCCAUGGAUAGAAACGCUCUCAGCAUUCUGGAGGGAAUGUUACUGCUGGACCCGGAGACGAGGCUGACGGCGAAGCAGGGCCUGUCCCACCCUUUUCUGGCUGAGUACCAUGACCCGGAGAGCGAGCCGGACGCGGAGCCCUAUGACGACUCCUUCGAGAGCCUGGAGCUCGCCGUCGGGGAGUGGAAGAGUCUAAUCCACAUGGAGAUCAUGACCUUCGACCCUGAAAACCCCAGUAAGACAGCAAUGUGAGACGGGGAUGUUCCUGGGCUCCCAAUGAUUGUCCAAGAUACCAGCGCCGAAGGCCAACAACACUGUCACACUGAGACAAACAAACUAGGAACAACAUCAAAUUCAUCUUGCGUAUUUGAUUUCCUUGCGGUGAAUUGCAUUUCAUGGGGUUGCUUGACUUGGUACUGUGGCCUAAGCGCGACAGGAGAGAACACUUAGGUUAGGUUCUCAUUAAGCUUGUUUUAUGCAGUGAUAUUCAGGCAGCAGCAGCAGUUGGACUGCGUGUUGUAGUUUAUCAAAAACAUGGUACCACUCCUCAUUUAAAAACAUGCCAAAUGUAAGGAUUUCUCCAUUUAAUUCUCUUGCAUCUCAUGGUUUCCAUGAGGAGAACAUUUCGCGAAAUGUUAGAUGUUGGAUCCAUCUGCUGAUUGUCAGGUGAGGUUGAAGGUUAAGAAAACAGUAUGAGAGGACCUGACAUUGGAAUCAUGUUAUAAAGCUUCUAUUUCAAAAGGUCAUGGGUGAUCUCGUUAUUGCAAAAAAAGGUGUGGAUUUCACACCUGGUUGGUAAAACAAAUGUAUGUGAAUCAGAGAAGUGAACACACUAGUGUGUUAACCAAGAAAAAUGUAACUUUAUCUUACUUUACAAUAGAUUUUUGUAACAUAUUCAUGACAUGAAAUAAGGUGUGUGGGCUUCUAUUUUCCAAUCAUGAUCUCUACUGCUGGAACACACAAUCUUUUUAAAAUAAAACCAAAAUGA